GCGCACAACUCUCAACUUGAAGUCCGAAAGUUCUGCCGCUGCUCUCUGUUUCUGAGGAGGAGUCGCGCUCAACUUCAUUUCAAAACAUUAAUAUGAGGGACGCUCGGAAAUAUCUGUUGAUUUCUGACACAAACGUCUGCUGAAGGAAGUUUAUCAUUUCAAAUAACGAUAGGACUCUCAUUACAUUAGAAGGUUUCAAGAAAGGUGAUCAUGAUGUGCGAUGCGAGUGAAAUGUUGGCAGCUGCUCUGGAGCAGAUGGAUGGCAUCAUUGCAGGUUCUAAGGCUAUGAAUUACACCAAUGGCCUCUUUGAUUGUCAGUCACCAACCUCACCAUUCCUGGGCAGCCUUCGGGUGCUGCACCUCUUGGAGGACCUGAGGGCUGCGUUGGACUUGAUGGAUCCCGAGGAAAAGGAGAGUUUGCGCAGUCAGGUGUCUGAAACCACAGCUGAGGGUCUGAUGGAGUGGCUACAAAGCCGACUGACCAAUGGCCAUGGUUCUGCAGCAGGGGAUUUGGUCUACCGGGAGCGACUCUCUCGCUUGGAAAGUGACAAAGAAUGUCUAGUGCUCCAGGUAAGUGUUCUGACAGAUCAGGUGGAAGUUCAAGGAGAAAAAAUAAGGGACCUAGACUCGAGCCUUGAGGAACACCGCAUGAAACUGAAUGCUACAGAAGAGUUACUACAGCAGGAGCUGCUUAGCAGAAGUGCUUUAGAGACGGAGAAACUGGAACUGCUGACCGAGGUAUCAAGUCUGAAACUAAAGCUAGCUGCUGCAGAGGGGGAUUGCAGAGAAAAUGAGGGUCUUUAUCACGAUGUGAAAGACAUGCGCCUUCAGUUGACUUCUAUGGAGGACGAGAGACAAGAGUAUGAGAGAUGUCUUAACUCUUCCAAAGUACGAGUGCCUCAUGGUCAGGAGGAGUUGAGAUCACUACAAAAGCUGUUGGAGGAGAGUGAACAGGCACUUACAAGACUUCAGGACCAGGCCAUGUCAGAAGCUCCAAACACAGAACGGUCACAAAGCAGAGAGAAAGACAUGGAGGUGAAGAGAAUGAGGAGUGCUGUUGAGUCUUUGAAGGCAGCUAAUGAAGAGAAGGAUUUGAAGAUAAAAGAGCUGCAGCAGUCUCUGAUCCGUUUCAAGGGAGUGCAGGAUAUGGUGAUGUCCGUGCAGGCAUCAAAAGACAAACCCAGGGACGAGGACACAAGAGAAGGGCUGUGUGACACAGAGAUGGUCUCCACAGAGGAAACUGAUGAACCUCAGCUCAUUCCAUGUUCAGAGCUGCUCCCUGAAGUGACCACACACAAACCUGCAGCUGAGACCACUGACAGUGUCUCUGAAGUACAGCAGCCUGAAAGGUCUCGUUUGACAAGCAAUAAUGAGGAUGAAACCAGUAAAAAUGGAGGUUCUCCAUCCAUCUCCCCGACUCAGCCCAGCUCAGGGGGGAAUGAGAGUUUUGGCGCUAAAAAAACACGUUCCUCUUUCGGACGUGGCUUUUUCAAGAUCAGAGGCAACAAGAUGACAAGCACCGCUCCCAAUCUGAUUGAAGGAGAGCGUGAGGGUACUGAGCACUUGGAUUUGGCCGGAGUACAAACUCAGAAGCCAAAAGCAUUAGAGACGCACUCGCCUGAAGGAAAGAAGAAAUCAAAGGGGAUCAUGAAGUUAUUUGGAAGAAUGAAGAGAAGUCAGUCCACCUCCGACGACCUGGACGAUUCUCCAGAGUCAGCGUUUAGGAGAGGGGGAGUUCGAGCCACAGCGGGACCCAGACUGGGCUGGUCACGUGAUCCGCAGCGAAGCAAUAACAACGAGCUGGACAGCCCAUUUUCACGCUGGAGUAAAGAGCAGGUGUGUGAGUGGCUGCAGAACCAGGGACUGGACUUGUAUGUAAAUCAAGCUCAGCAGUGGAUCAGCUCUGGACAGAUAUUAUUGAAGGCGUCUCAGCAUGAUUUGGAAAAGGACAUGGGCAUCAGGCAUCCUCUACACAGAAAGAAACUGCAGCUGGCACUUCAGUCGCUGGGCUCUGAGGAGGACGAUGCCAUGGGUAAACUGGACUACAACUGGGUUACUCGAUGGCUGGAUGACAUCGGCCUUCCUCAGUAUAAAUCUCAGUUUGAUGAGGGCAGAGUGGAUGGGCGCAUGCUUCACUAUAUGACUGUGGAUGACCUGUUGGGACUGAAAGUGGGCAGUGUGCUUCACCAUCUCAGUAUUAAGAGGGCCAUUCAGGUGCUACGCAUCAACUGCUAUGACCCCAGCUGCCUCCGUCGCCGACCAACUGAGAAUAAUCCCACGCCAGCAGAAAUCUGUCAAUGGACCAAUCACAGAGUGAUGGAGUGGCUUCGUUCAGUGGAUCUAGCAGAGUAUGCACCCAACCUGAGAGGAAGUGGAGUCCACGGAGGCCUAAUGGUUUUAGAGCCUCGCUUCAAUGUUGAGACAAUGGCUCUGCUUCUUAACAUCCCACCAAAUAAAACUCUGUUGAGACGUCACCUUGCAACCAACUUCCAUCUUCUGAUUGGCUCAGAGGCACAAAGGCUGAAGCAGGAGUAUCUCGAAAACCCAGAUUACACCGUCCUGACAGCUACAGCCAAAGUUAAGCCAAGACGUCUGUCGUUUGGAAGUUUCGGGACAUUGAGGCGGAAGCGACAGGAGGAGCUGGAAGAGUAUGUUUGCCCCAUGGAUGUGCAGAUGCCUCAGAGCAGCAGUUUCAAUAAAGGCCUUUGCGCAUAUGAGGACGGCUUGGAUCAACUGGAGCAGAUGGAGGACUCUGAAGGCACAGUGCGACAGAUUGGCGCAUUCUCGGAAGGAAUCAACAACCUGACUAGCAUGCUAAAAGAGGAUGAGUUCUUCAUGGAAGCAUCAUCCCAUUCACCUGAAACCAGCACCAUAGAUGACGACUAAGAUUGUUUGACCUUGACAAGAAGUCUGUAGCUGUGAAAUUUGAAAGUUACUGUGAUUUUAGUAUGAAAGCAAUAAGCUCCACUCACAGUGAAACUCAAAAGAAUUACACCGUAAAUGCAAUGGUAUAUUAAUUCAAUGAAAUGCUAUUUAUUCGUUUAGGAUCUGCAGUAUAUACAGUAACUGAAACGGUAUUUAUAAGUGUUUGCACCAAGCUAAAAACCAAAGAUGGCAGUUAGUUCUUAAUGAUUUUUAUUGUCUUUCUCUAAGCUAUAUUCCUAUGUGACCGUUUACUGCAUGUUUUCAUCCUUUUCUAGUUGGACGUUUACAUAAUUUUAUUGGGAGGGAAAAUUUUAAAUUUUGCCUGCAAAAUCUUGAUAUUGUUAUACUAUAACCAUAUCAGUGAAUACCAUGUACUAUGUACUGUUUUAUGCAUGUGUAAGUCAAAGAAAUUCAAUUAAAAUUUUUUCCCCCAAAUCCAAUCUCUGUAUUAGACGAUGUAUAUUUGUUUGUCUUGGGUUUGUUUGAAUGGGAGAUUAUCAUCUAUGAAUCUAUAAACAAUGGCUAAUGCAGCUGCUCCCCAUCAUGCAAAGUG